AUCAUUUUGGUCCCCCUUGUGGUCAGACACUGCUACUGAGCUUUUUCGUUAUUUAUCUAGCUCAGGCUAACUCCUGCUAUCGUUUUUUAACUCCGUCUUUACACCAUUUAAUAUAGCAUCGGUUGUAGCCAACUGUUAAAAAUAACGAGUGGUUUCUGCUCGCGGUCUUUGCUGCGAUCAGUUUUAUUUCUGCUAAGCCCGGCCAGCUCUGCUUCAGCUCUCGCUAACAACUGAAAGAGCGGCUGCUGACCCCAGGAUGACCUCCAGAAAAGUUGUGGAGUUGUUCUACGAUGUAGUUUCUCCGUAUUCAUGGCUUGGUUUCGAGGUUAUGUGCCGCUACAGAAACGUUUGGAACAUCGACCUCAAACUGCGCCCUGCGUUUCUGGGUGGCAUCAUGCACGGAGCGGGCAACAAGCCUCCUGGUUUGGUUCCUAACAAGUUCAUGUACAUGACAAAAGAUCUCAACCGCUUGGCAGAAUACUUCAAUGUCCCCUUGCAGUCGCCUGCUGACCCCUUUGAGGCCAUGUUCAAGAAAGGCAGCUUGGCUGCAAUGCGAUUUGUGGCAGCAGUGCAAGAAAAAGAAAAGGAUGGAGAGAAGGUGGUGAAUGUGUCCCGUGAGCUGUGGAGAAGAAUCUGGAGUGAAGACAAAGACAUCACUGAACCUGCGUCGCUGUCUGAGGCAGCAGUGAAAGCUGGAUUGUCUGAAAGUGAGAUAAAAGAACUGUUGACCAUGUCCACCUCAACGCAGGUCAAAGAGAAGCUUAAAAGCACAACACAGGCAGCACUUGAUUAUGGGGCUUUUGGUUUCCCCAUGAUUGUGUGUCAUGUUGAUGGAAAGCCAGAGAUGUUCUUUGGAUCUGACAGAUUUGAGCUCAUGGCCCACUGCAUCGGAGAGAAAUGGCUGGGACCUCAACCCAGCAAAUCAGCUGCCAAGCUGUAAAAUGAAACCUGUUUUCAUCUAAAGACGAUUUGCUCACAGUUUUGAUUUGUCAUUAAUUUCCAUCUUUCAUUUUUCUGAAAUUAAAUUCCCAGUUUUCCAAGUUGUGAAAGGCUCCAUCAGUGGCAGAAACAAGUUUCCAAACUGGUACUGUUGAAAUAUGCGUAUACAUAUGACUUUUUUUUUUAAUGUUAGUCAUAAAAAACCCUAAUAACAACAACAAUAACAAAUGUGGGUGUAGAUUUGGUCACAUGAUGUGUGUCUACCAAGAUCAACCAGUGUUCACAGACCUCAGUGCUCACAUUUUGAAGACAUAUUAUGUAAUCUACUGCUAGUAUUGUGAUUAAUGCAUCAUACAAUUGUGCUGCUAAUUAUGUGCCAAAUAAAAGCCUUUGAAAUACAAGAAAAGUA